UAAUAAUUUCAUCUGGAUGUAUCCCUUGACCAUAUAAUUUUCACAGCGUAUUGAGAUAAUCAACCUCCAAAGCAAAUUUUGGAUUCGCCCUGUUCCUUUUGACUCCGGGUUCAAUUUGACAAAUAUUUGAAGCCUGCAGAUUUAUGAAUAUACACUUCCUUAAACUCGGUUUUAACUGAGUAUAAGUUUGAAAUGCUGCAAGAACGUCAAGUAAUUUAAGUCAUAAUUAAUCUCUUGGCUCAAAACGAGAAGCUGUAUUCAUUAACUAAUGACAUGAUUUUUCAACCCGCCUGUACUCCACCCCCCGAACAUGCUAAUAAAUUAAUAGACAAACACAGAAAAAAUGCAGCAGCGAUUUGAAUAAACUCAGAGAGCAGAAAAACGAGACUUUAAUGUUACGCGUUAGGAUUUUUUUUUCUUUAAAGGAAACAAUGUAAGAAAAAGGUUAUUGUUAAUGUGAAAUUAAAGCCUUCGGGUGGCGACUACUGGAUAGGUAGCCGACGCUAAGAUUAUUUCUUUAGAUUUCAAGACUGAGAUAUAUUAUUGUGGCAGAGAAAUGGUCGAGGCGGCCAGGAGUCGAUAUGACACUUGAAAAAUGUGUGAAUUGCAACGAUAUACUGAUAUACUGAGGGUGGGGCAAAAAUGUUGACAAUCAUCUGCAACUGAGUCACAAAUAAAUGCUACAAUAGAAAUAUUGGAGAGAAAUUACGCCUAAGAAGUGGCUAAGGAAUGUAAAAUUGUUCAAUAGUCUUUCAACGUAAAGUAGAAAUCAAAGAUUUUCCUGGUGCAGAAAAAAGCAUCAAAGAUUCUUAUGUGAUACACAGGGGAACAACGCUAAAAGGAUUUUAAAAAUCACAAAGGCAGCAUUUGAACGGAAAAAGGGAAUUCUUUGAUGAUUGUUACGUAAUGUUAAAGGCGGGAAAGAGUACAAUCAAUCGCUAAUUACAUGCUUACAACGAGGUUACGUAAUUCUGAAGGGAACUGUCGCAGAACUACUUAAAACGAAAAAUAUUAAACAAUUUACGCUUAAUGCAUGGACCAGGGCUGGUCCCCACUCCUAGGAAAAAACCAUCGCAGAAGCGUUUAUCAUAACUUUCUUAUUGCUGAAUUCUAAGCGCCUGUGUGUAAGAGUUGACUGUGCCUGAUAGUAACGUUAAGAUCGAGACAACAGUCGAGCGGGUGUUCCAAGAGAAGAGUUACGGAUAAAACGGUUGGUCAGUUGAAAAAAUGAAAGCGGUGAUUUUGCUUUGCUGUCUUGUAAUCGGAGUUGCUCAGUCCUUGCUCCCUUCACCUGAGGGUAAGUGAAAAGACUUGUAGAUCAAAAUAUACGUUACUGUUUGUUUUGUUUUGUUUUGUUAAAUGCAAGUGGCGGUUACUUUCCUUUCAUCGCUAUUGUAUGGCAGUAACAGUGAUAUCGGAGAACACGAUCAUAUAAUGCAGGGAACAGUAUGAGAAACGUUUUCGCGGGCGACCUACAGCGGCUCCGCUCACUAAUUUUAAUCACACUGAGACCAGACAAAAAUAUUUACGAAUCAAUUAAUUUACAAUUCGUCUUUCUUUUUGCAGAGAAUAGGCGCUUAUCACGGCAAGGCAAAGAACUCUUUGAAGGCGACAUUGUCUUAACUCCCCAACAGAAAGCAGUUAUACAAGGUCUACAGAAAGGCUCGAUUACAAACAAAAGAUGGCCUAAUGGCGUUAUCGUGUACGAGAUUGAUAGCUCACUUUCAUCAGCGUCGAAGGCGAUGGCGGCAAUUAAUGCAGCUUUUGCUGAUUAUAAGAAGAAUACAUGCAUUACGUUUAAACAGAGGACAAACGAACGAGAUUAUGUAUCCUUCUUCAAGGGAGGCGGUUGCUGGUCUUAUGUUGGGAAAAUAGGCGGGAAGCAACGGUUAUCUCUGGCCGGUGGGUGCUGGUAUACAGGAACAGUUGUACACGAGAUAGGACACGCCCUGGGAUUAUUUCACGAGCAGUCACGACCUGACAGAGACACGUAUGUGACAAUCAAAUAUGGAAACAUCAAAGAAUCGGCCAAAGGCAAUUUCAAAAAAUACGGCUCAAAUGUCAUCGACUCCAUGGGAACACCUUAUGAUUAUAAAUCUGUGAUGCAUUAUGGUUCUAAAUACUUCAGCAAAAAUGGCCGGCCGACAAUAGUGCCCAAGAAACCAGGAGUAAGUAAAUAGAAGACGGUGUCUUCCGUUUAACUCGCUUAAUACAUUCUGAGUUACCUUCCCCGGGGGUACUCCCAGAAAAAUUAGGUAGUGAUGUGCAGCCCACCUCCCAAAACCCUUACCCU